AUAGAUUUAAUGGAAUAAGAUUCAUUGAAUUAUCAUAUCAGAUAAACUUAGAGUACAUAAAAUAUGUUUUAAAUUAGAUAAAUGGAUAUUGAUGGUAACAAUAUUGAUGUUAUUGUUUUAAAGUUCAUACUCUUCAAUAGUGAAAAACAUGACGAUGGGUAUGAAUUUAAUAAAAUUUAGAUUGGAAGUUCUUUAAAGAAGAAAAUCAGCAAUAAAAUUGGAAAACAAUUCAAAAUAAAGAUGGCUUUAAAAUCUUCACAAAAAAUGGAGUUUUAUUAAUUUCCCAUACAUCAAAUUAACCUUGGAUUUUUGCAGGUAAUGGAAAAGCAAAUUACACAAUGUAUCGUGGUAAUUUUAAGAUAAAUGAAAACCUUAAUGAGAAAAUGGCUCUCAAAGACUUUGAAUUAGAGGAAAAGAGUGAUACUUUAACUGCAACUUUCUCUCGAAACAAUCUUUUGAAAGUAAAAGUGUAAUUUUAUUCGCCUGAAAACUCUUCCUAGAUCACAAUAAAGUUUCUUGAAUAUGAUCCAGAAAUAAAUCGACUUUGGCUUAGAAUUCAAGCAGAUGCAUAAGAACAUAUUUAUGGAUGUGGUGAAUAAUUUUCUUAUUUUGAUCUAAGAGGUAAAAACUUUCCUCUUUGGACAUCUGAAUAAGGUGUUGGACGUAAUAAGAGUACUUAUACAACUUUUCUUGCUGAUUUACUUGAUUAAGCAGGAGGAGAUUACUAUUCUACAUUUUUCCCUUAACCUACAUAUACUUCUUCAAAAAAAUAUUAUCUUCAUAUAGAUGACAGUUCAUAUAUGGAUUUUAAUUUCAAAAAUAAAGAAUUUCAUGAACUUUUAAUUUGGUCAAUUCCAAAAUAAAUCAUAAUUAAUUCUGCGUCAACUUUCAUUGAAUUAUUAGAAAAGCUUACUAUUCUACUUGGGAGAUAACCAAAAUUACCAGAAUGGAUAUAUAAUGGAGUUUGGCUUGGAUUACAAGGAGGUACAAGUAUAAUUGAAGCUAAAUUGAAUAAAGCUUUAGAAAAAGGUAUAAAAGUAAGUGCAUUAUGGUGUUAAGAUUGGGAAGGGAUAAGAUAUACUUCAUUUGGAAAGCGUUUGAUGUGGAAUUGGUAAUGGGAUCCUGAACUCUAUCCUGGUUUGGAUUAAAAGAUUAAUAUAUUAAAAGAAUAGGGCAUUCGAUUUAUGGGUUAUAUAAAUCCUUAUCUUGCAGCUGAGAAAAAUUUAUGUAAAGAAGCAAGUGAGAAAGGAUAUUUAGCUAAAAAUAUGAAAGGAGAGGAUUAUCUUGUUGAUUUUGGAGAGUUUGAUGCAGGAAUUGUUGAUUUUACAAAUCCUGAUGCUUAUAAAUGGUAUAAAGAAUUAAUUAAGAAAAAUUUAAUAGAAUUUGGAUUAUCUGGUUGGAUGGCUGAUUUUGGUGAAUAUUUACCACUUGAUAUAAAGCUUUAAAAUGGAGAAAGUGGAGAUAUGAUGCAUAAUAAAUGGCCUGAAUUAUGGGCUAGAAUAAAUUAUGAAGCUGUAUUAGAAACUGGGAAAUUAAAUGAUGUAGUUUAUUUUAUGAGAGCUGGAUAUACUGGAAGUUAAAAUUAUUCAACAGCAAUGUGGGCUGGAGAUCAAAAUGUUGAUUGGAGUCUUGAUGAUGGUUUAGCUUCUGUUAUUCCUGCAGCACUUUCACUUGGAAUGUGUGGACAUGGAAUACAUCAUAGUGAUAUUGGUGGAUAUACUACAUUAUUUGAAAUGAAAAGAACUAAAGAAUUAUUUAUGAGAUGGGCUGAAAUGGCUGCUUUUACUCCUAUAAUGAGAACUCAUGAAGGAAAUAGACCUACUGAUAAUUGGUAAUUUGAUAGUGAUGAUGAAACACUUGAACAUUUUGCUAAAAUGACCAACAUUUAUGUAGAAUUAGCACCUUAUUUAAAAUCUGUUAUUCAAGAAAAUGCAGAUAAAGGUAUCCCAGCAUAAAGACCUCUUUUUUUACAUUAUGAAAAUGAUGAAAGAACUUAUUCUAUUAAAUAUUAAUAUCUUCUAGGAAGAGAUAUUCUUGUUGCACCUGUCUAUCAAGAAAAUGUUCAAUAAUGGAAUUUCUAUCUUCCAGAUGAUCAAUGGAUACACUUUUGGACUGAAGAAAUCUUUUAAUAAGGUGACCAUUAAAUUGAUGCUCCUAUUGGACAACCUAUUGCCUUUUAUAGAAAAGAUAGUCAAUAUAAAUCUUUAUUUUAAAAUAUAAAGAAAAAGUUAAUUGAUAAUGAAAUAAUCAAAUAUAUUUGA